AUGUUGACGGUGUCCCCAGGCCGGGGAGCGGCGCAAGCCCUCUUCGCCAAUAGUCUCAUGCAGCAGCACCUCGCCUCGCUGCGAGGCGUCGGUGGCGGCCUGCAGAACCCUGCCUGCUUGCAGGGCAUGCCCGGCUCGUUGUUACCACGGCCGCCGAUGUUCAUGCCACCUCGACCUGUGUCUCCGGCAGACAGCUUCGACCGAGGAUCUGACCACGACGACAGAGACGAUGGUGGUUGUGACAGCCCCGAAAGACCGACAGAUUCACCUCCGAGUGGCGGUUCAGGAAUGAGCAAUCUGAAGUUGAAGAAACAGAGAAAAGCCCGAACCGCUUUCACAGAUCAUCAACUGCAGACACUCGAGAAGAGUUUCGAAAGGCAGAAAUACCUGAGUGUACAAGAUCGAAUGGAACUCGCAGCUAAACUCAAACUCACAGACACUCAAGUGAAAACUUGGUAUCAAAACAGACGAACCAAAUGGAAACGCCAGACCGCCGUGGGUCUCGAGCUCUUGGCGGAAGCUGGAAACUACGCGGCUGUCCAGCGAAUGCUCCAAACUGCGCCGUACUGGUUACAAAGUUACGCGGGAGUGAAUCCCCAGAGCUCAAUGAACGCCAUGGCAGCUUUGGACGUGUUUUAUCGUCAAGCCAGUCUACAGAAACCGAUGGCUUACCGAAUGCAACUCCCCGGCGGUCAGGGCGCUCCGCCCGCCGGAGGCCCGGUCCUUCCGACAUGUCCGCCGACUUCUGGGACGACGACACCUCCGACAUCAGCAAGCUCAAUUCACGCCAAAAUCGAAAUGUCGUCGCCGACCAUCGGCCUAGUUGGGCACACCUCUCUGACGCCAUCACCUCUCGGAUCACCGGAAUCACCACUCCCGAGACCGCCGAGCGCGCCGUCGUCGAGCCGAGAAACACAGCAGUCGACGUAGACAGCAGACACCAAAGCAAUUCUUCCUCGCUCCUCAAUAUUAGGAAACACUCGGCGAUGCCCUCCCGGUCCGACCUCUGUCUUCAACAGACCAUAUCCUAGGACUGACACUCGACCUGCCGCGAAAGCGACCGAGACACAACGCCUGCGAAUGCUCACGAAAACCCACAAUGUUUCCGCAAAAAGCUCCUGCGACACCGGCAGGCGAUUAUACUACAAAGAAUGAAGAGUACGGAUGUAUGAAUGAAUGAAUGCACGGACGACCGAUUGAUUGAGUGAAGGAUUGUACGUUGUACGGCUAGAUUCAUUCAGCAUUAUCAUUUUCCCCCACCGUUCGAUAUCGUUCUGCGCGUGUUCGAUGAAGCUUAGUAGGAACAGCAUUACCAUCAACGAAAAA